UAAAAAGAAGAAGAAGCUAUAAGUUGUCUGCUUUUGUUGUCACGCAGAGAAAACCUACCGGAUCAUUUACUUAAGGGAUUAUUAAAUAACAUCUGAUGCAUUCAUAACUGGUGAAAGGUCUCCAGCAUGACAGAUCUGGUCCUGUGGGCGUCAGUAUCACACAGUGAUCACAGUUCACACCUGCAGUGAAGCCCCUCCCACAACAAUUCACCAAUAAAUACUGGGAAUAUUCCCAUCAUCCUACAAGAGAAGGACAAACUCCAGGAGUAGCAGCUGAAAUCUGUGUGACUGUUAAAGAUGGAGUUUAUUAAAGAGGAGAUUGAAGACAUGACUGAUCCAGAACCAUCCAGAAUAAAACAUGAAGAUACUGAGGAACAAAUAGACUGGAUGGAGAUGAAACUGGAAAAACAUGAACUGAAUGAAGCAGAGGAGGAACAGCAGAGCAUCAACGCUAAUACGCUUUACACCUGCCCUCAGUGUGGAAAGAGUUUCAGUCAAAAAGGAAACCUUAACAGACACAUGAGAAUUCACACUGGAGAGAAACCGUAUCCAUGCACUCAGUGUGGAAAGAGCUUUGCUGCUGAAUCAGGUCUCAAGUAUCAUCUACGCAUUCACUCUGGAGAAAAACCAUUCAACUGUGAUCAGUGUGGUAAAGAUUUUAAUUCAUCAUCAAAUCUAAAACAACACCUGAAAGUUCAUUCAGAUGAGAAGCCUUAUGUGUGUUCUCUCUGUGGAAAGAGUUUUUCACGACUGAUCAGUUGUAAACGGCACCAGAAAACACACGAUGAAGUGAGAGAUCAUAUGUGUUGUGACUGUGGGAAGAGCUUUACUACAUUUAGUGACCUGAAACAGCACCAAAGAAUUCAUACUGGAGAAAAACCUUUCAAGUGCUCAUACUGUGACAAGAGUUUCACUCGUUCUGAAAACCUGAAAUCACACGAGCGAGUUCAUACUGGAGAGAAGCCGUACUACUGUACUCAGUGUGGAGGGAGUUUCAAAUGUAAAACUGAUCUCGGAUAUCAUUUGCGCAUUCACUCUGGUGAAAAACCAUUUAACUGUGAUCAGUGUGGGAAAAAGUAUAUUUUAUCAUCACAUCUAAAACAACACUUGAAAGUACAUAAUGAAGUGAGAGAUCAGAAAACACACAAUGAAGUGAGAGAUCAUGUGUGUUGUGACUGUGGGAAGAGCUUCACUAGACCUGAUCAUCUGAAACAGCACCAAAGAACUCAUACUGGAGAAAAACCUUACAAGUGCUCAUGUUGUGCCAAGAGAUUCAAUCAGUCUGCACACCUGAAAUCACACGAGCGAGUUCAUAUUGGAGAGAAGCCGUACUACUGUACUCAGUGUGGGAGGGAUUUUAAACAUUUGUCAAGCCUUUCCACUCAUAUGAAGAAAUGUUGCAAUGUAUCAGUGUAAAUACAUUCAACUAAAUGUGUGAGUUUAUAGUAAACACUCAGUAUCAGUUCUGUCAGAAUGGGUUGUGUGGUAAAUGUCUUUCUUUAGAUAUAUUCAUGUAAUUUACUAAGUUUACAAUAUUGUCUUCUGAUAGUAAAUGCAGUUAUGAGAAGUAAAACAGAAUAAAAAUGUUGUCUUGAUUAAU